AUGCGAACGCUACUGCUUCUUGCUGCCGUCCUGCUACCGGCAACGGUCUACUCGUUAGCCGUUGAUCCGCGUGCGAUCGAUUGGUCCACGGUGAGGACGCUGGAUCAAACCGAUGCCGUACGUGCGGCUCAAGGACUUCCACCACUCACGGAGGAUGAGGUACGAUCGUCACGCAUCGCUGAUGGCCAGAUAGCUUCGGCGACACAAUUACCCUGGGCAGCCGGUGUGCUGAUCUCCGGAACCUCUUCGCACAGUUUCUGCAGUGGUGUAUUGAUCUCGCGUCGUCAUGUCCUUACGGCCGCUGUGUGUAUCUCCGGAUCCAACACCUUGACGGUUCUACUGGGAGCCUCGGAUAUGACGCGUGUCGAGGAGUUCGUUGGAGUGUCCAACAUCCUGUCCCAUCCGAACUACAGCUCGUUUUUCAAUCGGGACGAUAUCGCGAUCCUUACUCUGGAUCGUGAGGUUUCAAUCCGGGAUACGAUCCGUCCAGUGGAUCUGCCACGGCUUAGCCAAGUAGGCAACAGCUUCAAUGACUGGGCUGCUACGUCCGCUGGUUGGGGUAAUACUGGACGUCGUGAGAACGAGCCAAUUCCCAUCCAGAAUCUUCAUUUCGCCGUUGACUCCGUGACUAGUAAUUUCCGGUGCGGAUUGUCGCACACCUUCAUCCGGGAUACGCACAUCUGCACCAUGACCAACAAUGGAGGAUCGUGUAAUGGUGAUGAAGGCGGUCCGGUGACGGUGACCGAGAGUGGCCGUACCAUCCUGGUCGGUAUUCACUCGUUCCACUUCUCUGGACUGUUUGGUUGCGAUCGUGGCCGUCCAUCGGUGCACACCCGUAUCACCGAGUACCUGGGUUGGAUUCAACAGAACACCGAUAUCGUUAUCGAGCCCUAG